AUGUAUAUUUUAGGUUUUCGCGUUGUAGCAUCCUCCUCCACAGCCGUAAAACAAGAUUAUAACGAGUAUAUGUGGACCAUGCGUAAAGAGUUUACCGAACCUGAACCACUUGAGACCGAAUCAGCCGUUGUAAGAGAAAAUCUGUCGAAUAUAGGACGAGAAGCAGCUAGUUUAGGCAACUAUCAUAAAGUGCACUCUCCCGAAUAAAUUGGAAAGUACUUGUCGAAAACAAUUUUUUUGUACCAUUUUUCUACUCUCUAAUCUCUAACCAACCCUUGUCCUCAAACUCCAAAGCCAAGUUUGUUACCAAAAGCAAAAAAAGAAGGAAAUCUUUCGAAAUAAAUCACUACAAAAAUAAAUUUUCUCGUUAAAAAAAUAAAUUGUUAAUUACUCUCUUUCUCCACCCAAAAUUAAAAGAGCAGUGUGAAGAGAGUGUAUUAUUUGUCUUUAAAU